AUGACGACCAUUAUCUCAGCACCCAAAACCAAGCUCUUCAAGCUUCUGUGGGCAUCAGAAGAAUCUUCCAAUGACGUUGAACAAUUCAUUGAGUUCCACGAGCUCACCUUGUCUCUACGAAGAGAUCCCCAUUAUGUCGAGAAAAGACCUCAUCUCUCCAUACCGGAGCGUAUGCGGGCCCAAAAUAUUCUGACUGGACCCCUAUCCGGACCCCAGAGGAUCACUGUGGCUCCUUACGUCUUCGAAAAUACCGGCAAAAGCAUGGUCAUGAUCAUCCAUCUCGGAAAUGAGCUAUCCAGCCAUAGUGGUAUGGUUCACGGUGGUCUUCUCGCAACCUUAUUGGAUGAAACUCUCGUCCGGUGCAGCGGUACUGCAUUUGAGAAAAAGGUUGCGGUGACAGCCAAUCUAAACAUUGAUUUUCGCAAUCCUGCGAUGGUGAACUCAUAUUUUGUCUUGACGGCAGAAGUGAGCCAGUUACAGGGACGAAAGGCAUGGUUGAAUGGUCGAAUUGAAACUUUGCCAAGUCAAGGAGAUGACUAUACUCUUAUUGCAGAGGCAAAGGCUCUCUUUAUUGAGCCUCGAAAUGCUGAUGUGAGUUCAAGUUCAGGUCCCCCUCCGUGGAUGCCAGUGAUAUAUAUGACACUAGCAGUUAACAUUGAACUUUUAUAG